CGCGGUUGCUAACGGAUUGGAGGCGGGGUGGCCCGGGCUGGUGCAGAGCGGCCUGGCCUCGCGUGGAGGCCGGGCUGGAGCUGGGCCCACUCUGGAGCCGGAGCCCAGCCUCGCGUAGGUGCUCAGCGGGCCGGGCGGGGCGUAGGUGCGGCCUCCUGCCGGGCCCUAGAUGCAGUUAGGGCUGCGCGGGCCAGAGCAGGGGCCCAGCCCCGGUCGGUGGCUGCUGCGUCGCGGCCAUGGACGCCCUAGAGGAAGAGAGCUUCGCGCUGUCCUUUUCCUCUGCCUCUGAUGCAGAAUUUGAUUCUGUGGUUGGAUGUUUAGAGGACAUUAUCAUGGAUGAUGAGUUCCAGUUAUUACAGAGAAAUUUCAUGGACAAGUACUACCAGGAGUUUGAAGACACAGAAGAGAAUAAACUCAUCUACACACCCAUUUUUAAUGAAUAUAUUUCUCUGAUAGAGAAGUACAUUGAAGGGCAACUGCUGGAGCGCAUCCCCGGCUUCAACAUGGCGGCUUUCACCACGACACUGCAGCACCAUAAAGAUGAAGUGGCUGGCGACAUCUUUGACAUGCUGCUCACAUUCACAGAUUUUCUGGCUUUUAAGGAAAUGUUUCUCGACUACAGAGCAGAAAAAGAAGGCCGUGGACUGGACUUAAGCAGUGGUCUGGUUGUGACUUCUUUGUGCAAGUCAUCUUCUACGCCAGCUUCCCAAAACAACCUGCGGCACUAGGGCCCACUUCCAGACAACAGGUGGGAUCACUUUGAAAUCCAGUCCAACAUGCUCAGAGAGGCAUGAGCAGAAGAUGCAUCUUGGAAAGACCAACUGUGCCCAGUCCUUCAUUCAUGUGAAGUAUUGCGAAGUCCCAGACAAUAUGACCAACCCUCCUGGCCCUUGUCCAGAAACACCUUCUUGUAUUCAGUAAGCCUCCUGUUCCUCCCCCAUACAGGCACCUCUUCUGAAUGCUUCUGAGUAGCUUUGGAACAGGCCUGUGUUGGCCACCUCAGCCGCAGGCCCUUCCCCAGCAACGUGUUAGUAUGUCAACAGUGUGAUAACCCACCAUCGUGAGCCCUUUGUUCUGCAGGCUUUGCAUGAGUCUUUGUGCACCCACAGCUCUUUCUUACAUGGGUCAAUUUCAGUCCUCAGCCUCAAUGGAGUUUUUGUUUGGGAGUAUUGAUCUAGAGAGUUACCGCAGCCAGCUGCCUGUCCUCAUUUCUGAAUCUCCUGUGACUGCAGCUUGGCUUGGCUGUAGGAAUCAGCUGAGAGAGAUGUCUUCUACCUAUGUGUGAAAAUGAACUCCCAAUUUUAUAUUUGCAGUCCAUUUGACGCUAUCUUCUGCUGGUCUUGAUGUAGUCCCAUUGUUUCUCUAAGUCUCUUUUAAGCAUUAUUUUCAAGAAAAAUAUUUUUAUAGAUGAAAACUCAGGCUAAUCUAGUGGAUAUGAUCUUGGAACAUCCAUGAUCACCCACUUAAAAGAUCAAAGUAUUAUAUGCUGUGUGCUUUUAGUUGUUAGUGCUGCCAUUGCAAAACUGCUUUCUGCAUUGGUGACCCUCUUUCUAGGCACCAGUGCAGACAGGCUAUAUGCUAGAAGUAGACUGCGGUUAUCCUGUUACUACAGCUUGCUAAGUGUGCUUGUGCAUGUUUGCCUACAGUCCUUUGGUAUGAGCCAGUGAGGGGAGGGGAAUCUGAAACUUGUUCCUGUCACUAUCUCUCCUGCCAAGCUGAUACUUCCCCUGAUCCAGCUCAGGCUGGGGGGUGGGAGUAGGGGAUCAGUGCACAGCUUGGCUGGUCACCUGUUGGCUUUGGUGGACCAUCACCAACCAGAAAGCAUGAGUAUCACAUCUCUAGAAAGAAAAAAAAAACAAUAGUUCAAUUCCUAAUGUAUACUUUUGAUUUUCAUUUUUAUAGUAAAACUAAGAAUCUGUACUGACUUUCCAUGUGACCAUUCUGACUUAAAGGAUGAGUUGUAAGCUAAGCUGUGUGUUUUUCUGUAGUAAUGUGUCACUUACUACUUUUGUAACAUGAGUAAAAUUUGAGGUGUUUUGGAAGAACCAUCGUUGCACAGGAAUUGUCCACUUUAAUGUAACCACUGCCAUCCGGGUAUUGUUGCUUUGGUCUUCUGAGAUCAAAGGCCCUCUGGAGGCCAGCUUUGUAAAUGCCACCUCUCCUGCGCUGGCUUUCCCUUCCUGCUUCUUUUAUAAGCAGGGCUGCCCAUUGCAAGCAGGCAUGUUAGAAGCACAAGAAAAAGAGCCUGCCUGGUUAAGAAAAGCAAGUGAACAAGUUCAGAGACAAAAUACUGAAU